UCAAAACUUUAAAAAGAAAGUUAUAAUGGCCUUAUCCAAUAUAGCUACUUAUUUCUUCUUCAUUAUUCUUCUAAUUAUUUCUGCAAGUGCUUUAGCUUUUGAUGAUUCUUGUGAUUCUAAUUCCAAAGGAGAAAAUUCAGACCUUUCAAUCAUUCACAUUUAUGGAAAAUGUUCACCUCUUAACACACCAAAGCCUUCUUCUUCAUGGAUCAAUACUGUUAUCAACAUGGCCUCUAAAGAUCCACAAAGGCUAUCUUAUUUAUCUAGCUUAGUUGUGUCCAAAAAGCCCACUAUUGUCCCCAUUGCUCCAGGCCAACAACUCUUCAAUAUAGGUAACUAUGUGGUUCGGGUCAAGAUGGGUACUCCGGGUCAGCAAAUGUACAUGGUCUUGGAUACAAGUAAUGAUGCUGCAUUUGUACCAUGUAGUGGUUGUGUUGGUUGCUCAUCUAAUACUUCGUUUGCCCCAACUACUUCCUCUACUUACGGGUCGGUAGACUGCUCCGUACCCGAAUGUACUCGAAUCCGUGGAAGUCUCUCUUGCCCGACUACCGGGUCAGUUACCGGGUCAAGUGCUUGCUUUUUUAACCAAUCAUACGGUGGAGAUUCGUCCUUCUAUGCCACGUUGUCACGUGACUCCCUUGGACUAGCCAAUGACGUUGUCCCCAAUUAUGCUUUCGGAUGCAUAAAUUCCGUGUCCGGGAACUCAAUUCCGCCCCAAGGGUUGUUGGGCUUGGGCCGUGGCUCCAUGUCGUUAAUAUCGCAGUCCGGAUCUCUUUAUUCUGGCAUAUUCUCAUAUUGUUUGCCUAGUUUUAAAUCUUAUUAUUUCUCCGGAUCACUCAAGCUCGGACCCGUGGGCCAACCCAAGAACAUUAAAACCACCCCAUUACUCAAGAACCCGCGUCGACCAUCUCUGUACUACGUGAACUUGACAAGUGUAAGCGUGGGACGAGUUCUCGUUCCCAUUGCACCCGAACACCUUGCUUUUGACCCGAACAACGGUGGGGGCACAGUAAUCGACUCGGGUACGGUCAUAACCCGAUUCGUCCAACCGGCUUACGAGGCAAUUAGGGAUGAAUUUAGGAAACAAGUGAAUGGGACAUUCAGCUCAUUAGGUGCAUUUGAUACAUGUUUUGCAUCACCAAAUGAGGCAGGGGCAGCACCAACCAUCACAUUGCACUUUGAGGGAAUGGAUUUGAAAUUGCCAAUGGAGAACACAUUAAUACAUAGUAGUGCCACUCCCUUGGCAUGUUUGGCAAUUGCAGCAGCACCAAAUAAUGUGAAUUCAGUAUUAAAUGUGAUAGCCAAUUUGCAGCAACAAAAUCUCAGGAUUUUGUUUGACACGGCUAAUUCUCGCGUGGGAAUUGCUCGCGAACUUUGCAAUUAAAUUACAAAGAAACAUGUUGUUAUUAUCAAUGUUGCUUUGGAUCCUCAAAAAUGUUGUCGCACUCGUGUCUGAUACUCCAAAAAUUGUCAGGACAGACAUUUUGAAGGAGUACUUUGAGUAACAUAUGUUAUUAUUAAGUCUCUGCUUUCCUUUUUAUGUUUUGGUUGGAAGAGAAAAUUUCCUCUUCAAUUUAUUUGAAAGGACCCUGUAAUUCAAUGUUAGUCCACUUGGUGAAAAAGUUCAUCAAGUACUUUUACUUGUGUUACUAUUUGGAAUCAAUUAAUGUUAUGUUCAGCAAUUCAAUGAAAUAAUUUGGUGCAUUUAGAAAA